GUGCUUUCAGCGGCUGAAGAUAGCCGUUGCUUGCUUCUUGAUAAUAAUCACCACGUCCCCAGUCUCAACAGCAGACAAGGCCAUGACCUCUCAGGAAAUGGGGGAAUUCGACGACGCAUUCGUACAAAUAUGGAAGGAUGAAGGUAACACUAACACUGCUUCUGCUGAGAAGGUGAAGGGAAAUGCAUUUUAUGGAAUGUGGACAGAGCAAUGUGUGUAUUCGGCCUUUACAGGCCUUUCUUUCUGCGACUCAAUAACGUGUACUCAGCUUCAGCAAAGCAUUCUACACCAAUGCAUACUGCUAUAGACGCUCUACGCAAGCUGUACCCAAAGCAUUCGGUGGUUACAACCUCGGACAACCGUCUCAAUCUUCUGAGCUUUCCAGGAGCAUACAAAGUUCCGAUGGAGUCUGCACCUAUGGUCACGGAACUGGUUUUCCGUCCGUUAGCGAAGAACAUCAGUCCGAUGCCUGGUGUCAUCGCAGAAUUUGUUGAAUCUGGUGUCUUUCGACUAGCUUGGCAAAAAUAUGACUUUAUCUUGUACAUUGUCCGGUGUCCGAUAGGUUCCUUGGGCAGUUAUACCACUCAAAAUUUUCUCGUACACGAAGGUUCCGAGGAUCCUGCACGCUCUCUUCUUCUUGCUGCAGGACUCUGGAGUGACCAACUUCACAGUGAAGUAUGGGUCUUCAAUCAGGGCUUCUGGCAAAAGGAUCCUACAUUAUGGACCGAGGUGCAGAAGGCAGACUGGAAAGACGUCAUUCUGAAGGAAGAAUUCAAGGAAGCAUUCAAGAAAGACGUGUACGGGUUCUUCACCUCUGAAGCUAUCUAUAAAGAUUUGGCUAUCCCCUGGAAGCGUGGAAUCAUCAUGCACGGGCCUCCCGGUAACGGCAAGACCAUCAGUAUCAAAGCCAUCAUAAAGACAUGCGAUGCAAAGGGUUUCACACCUCUUUAUGUCAAGUCCUUCAAGAGUUACAUGGGCGAGGAAGGUUCCAUGGCUGCCGUGUUCAAUAAAGCAAGACAACUCGCCCCUUGUGUCCUUAUCUUAGAAGAUCUUGACAGUCUCAUUAACGACGCUAACCGAUCUUUCUUCCUCAAUCAAAUUGAUGGUCUUGAAGGCAACGAUGGGUUGUUGGUCAUUGGAACCACAAAUCACUUUGACCGCUUGGAUCCUGGACUUAACAGCCGUCCUAGUCGCUUCGACAGGAAAUUCCUUUUCGAUGAUCCAGAUCAGGAUGAGCGUACCCUGUACGCAAGAUAUUGGCAGAAGAAAUUACAGACGAACAAGGAGAUAUCUUUUCCAGACUCUCUUGUCGACGAAGUAGCCAUCGCAACUGACCGGUUCAGUUUCGCGUACCUCAAGGAAGCUUUUGUUUCCUCGCUGGUUACGCUGGCAGGAUACGAAGGCGAAAAACCUUCCUUUGCUUCAGUAUUGAAAGGGCAGAUUGAAACGCUCCGCAAGCAGCUGGAUAAAUCGAUGAGGAGCAGUAGGGCUACGCCUGAGGGUCUACAAACUCCUUCACAGGAUAGAGACGUUCGCGCACUCCUAGAUAAUCUAUGCGAGGCCAUCGCCACCAACCCAUUUUCCUCACGAACCUUUGACCGCAAUGUCUUUGAAAGGGCAGACUCGGGUGUUCUUGGCGGAGACAUCCGUCAUCUCCUCGACGCUUUAUCGGAGUUCAGCAUUCGCCAGCAUCGAGGUUCUGACCAACAAGAAGGUACGGAUUAUCGAGCCAUCCUUGAUCGAGUUUACUUGGGCUGAGACCCAGGAGAAAUAUUUAUGUAGGAUGUAACAUGUAUACGUUGUGACUAGUAACUAGUAACUAGUAAGUAGUAGCGAAGAGACUCAGCUUUGAAACAUUGAACUGACGGGCAUAACGAUACUCAAUUAGACGGAACGCGACGGCCCGCGGGAUAAGUAAUGCAACGGUUCCAAGUCUUGGAGUGCUGCAGCGAGCGC